UUUUAACAAAUAUUACGUGUGCACUUUUUUUUUGAGUUAAUCAUUUCUGCACUCGUUAAAUAUAAAUAUAAAAUUUAAUUAUGUUAUGAUUAUCUGAUAAUCAAAUUAAAUUCCUCUCUUUAUUCAGAUAAUUUUAUUUAUGCCACGUGGUCUUUUUUUUCUUUUCUUUGGCAACCUUUCUUUCACACUCAUAUGUAUAUAUAGUUUCCCAAUUUGGAUAGAAAUUUCUCCAACCGAUCGUUAAAGUUUUCGAGCUCAAGGUAUAAACUCCACUUUUAACCUGGAUUCUUCACUGUUCAAGAAUUUUUUGCAUUAAAAUUGGUUUCGUUGUUGAGUGACAUUAUGGCUUUAGCCUUAACCAAUCUUUCGUGGUGGUCAUGGAGUGGAAAGCAUCAAGAGUCAAGACUCUGCAAUGGGUCUUCCUUGAGUUCUUCACCUGAGUUAGGUACUUGGGAAUCUGAUGCUCUGAAGUUUCCUUUGGUUAAGAGGUCCAAUGUGUCCUCACCAUCGAGAAAGGUGAAGCGAAAAUGGCAUAGUCGGGAAGAGAGGAAAAUCGAUCGGGAAUAUGAUGUUGUCAUUGUGCCGUCUGAUGGUGGAUGUGUUUCUGGUUCUGAAUCUGACAACUCAGAUUGGUCGAUUGGAUGGUUGGAGCCUCAUGGCCCUGAGUUUCAGAGUGAUGAUGAAAUAGACAACAGUUUUGCUGUGCUUGUCCCAUGUUAUGGUCGUGGUCUUCAGGAAAUGGUGACAGAUACCAAGAACAAUAUUUUGAGCACUGUUGGGAUUAUUCCAGAUAGAUAUUCAAUUGAGAGCAAGAAAAACAUUGAACAGUGGCUUUCUUCUCUCCAAAAUUGCUGAUGUUCUGAAAUGUAAGGACUCAAAGUGAUCAAGUAUAGCAAAAGAAAGCAUAACAAAGGGGUAAAAAUAACAAAGGGGUAAAAGAAAACAAAAAAGUUGAGACAUUCCCAGUAUGAUAUUAAUGCUGGAAGAAAAUAUUUGUUAAUGUUGAUUGAAGCUAAUAUUUUUGAGGAGCAGCAGCAGACCAUACAAGAUUUUGGUACUAUACAACCAGUUUCAAUUGCUCCUGCUGUAGACAUGAUUUGGAAAUUUAGGACAAGUGGGCUGCUGAUAUGAAUAUCCUUUAAAAUAAGGAGAAAUUUCCAAGAGAAGGAUAAAAGAAGGAAAACAGCUUAAAAUUUGCAGGAAAAACACUAAAAAAAAGGGUUUUGUUAGUGAUUGAAGAAUAAUUUUAUUAAUUGGUGUGUGUCAUUUGCCUGCUUUGUGAUUCAUUUAUGUAAAUAAAAGUGUACAUAUUAGAAGUGGGUCUAUGCUCUAAUAGCUUUGUAAGUAACUUGUGGAUAAUUAAGUAUGUCGUGUUGAUAACAAAAAUUUUAUAUGGCUUCUGCUAAAGCAGUGCUACUCUGUAACAACUUUGUAAUUAACUUUGUGAAACAUUUUUUUGUUCUUA